AUGAAUCCUCCGCUCUUCUUCGAGUUGCUGAUGCCGUUGCUUCUGCGCUUUCUGUCGCUCUUGGUCAAUCCACCGGGCAAUACGCGGGUGCCGUCUGAGAACCUGCUCAUGAGCACCUAUGGCUGUAACCGCCCCUUGUUGGUCGCCGUCGUUGCUGGGAGGGUGAAACUCGAACCAGAUGUCUGUCGUAUUCUGGCUGGAUAUAGCACCAGUUUUAAGCCAGAACACAGGCAAAGCGGUGUCGCCCGACAUGUAUUCUUCCUUCAGUUUUCGAGCAUGCUCGUCACUGAUCGUUUCAUCACUCAUAGGGAAGCACGAGUACGGGCUCAUCGCGUAGCCAAGAACACACGGAUACAGAUAUUUCCACACAAAUUGAAUGCGAAUCACUUGCAGCGAAUGGGUGCGUCAUCCAAGGUAGCCUCGCACAGGGACACCGUCAUGAUCGGAGCCGGCCACUUGGGCGUCAGUAGCGCAAUCGUCUUGAAUUGGCUCCUAGGCAUCUUGAUCUUUCCUGGAAGGACCUGCACAUCGCCUCCUUCUGGCGGUUGCUCUGACUGUGGGACAUGGCGAGGCGGUGGCUGCACGGGUUGGAGCGACCCACCAUGGACACGCCACGAUUCAGCAGCCUCGAUUCUGGUCCCAGGAUUUCCACUCGCUGAUCGUGUCGAUGAUCCAGGUUGCUGCUGUGACGACUGCAUCUCGCCCUCUCUGGCACUCGAUCCUUGA